CCAAAUUUUUCCAUCAAACAAUUAACUACAUACAUUCUAAUUGUGUGUGUGAGAGAGAGAAGAGAGAUACAUAAAUAAUUAAGAUGGAUUAUGCAAUGAUUCAUUCUUCUAACUCCAAGUGUGUUGUGACAAUCCUUCUCGUAAUUGUUUUAACCGUCACAAAUUGUGGUGAAGCAAAAGGGAGAGAAUUCCGACAAUCAAACACAGUAUUCAUUAGAAGCUCAUGUAGCUCCACAACAUACCCAAAACUAUGCUACACUUCGCUGGUGAAGCAUGCGGCAUUCAUUCAAACAAACCCUGUUCUUCUAACGGGGACAGCCCUCAAUGUCACUCUUUCCUCGGCCAAAUCGACCUCGGCCGCCAUGUCCACGAUGGCCAGGAGCGGCGGCCUGAGCGGGAGAGACGCGGCGGCUAUGCAGGACUGCAUGGAGGUUUUGGCUGAUUCCGUGGAGGAGCUGACAAAAUCGAUUGGAGAAAUGAGUCAUUUGAGGACAAGUAAUUUUGAAGGAACAAUGAGUGAUGUUCAAACUUGGGUCAGCGCUGCUUUGACCGAUGAUACUACCUGCACUGAUGGCUUCCAACAGACCCCUAGUUCUGUCGCCGGAGAUGUUAAGACCGCUGUCCGUGGCCGCGUCGUCGAGGUGGCGCAACUCACUAGUAAUGCCUUGGCUUUGAUCAAUCAGCUCGCUAAUGGCCAUCCUUAAGUAUACAUAGUUUGUGGAAAUUAAUUAUUAAAAGGUGACUAUUCACAUGGUUAAGAUAUUGUCACGUAUUAUGUUAAAAAGUUUAGUUAAAUCUCAAACUACCUAAUGUUUCUUAUAUCUUUGUGUAAGUAUUAAAAUGAUGAAGUGAGAUGCUGAUCUAAGGUUAGCAUCAUCAUGUUGGUUUUGCAGUGUAAGUGUGUCAACUAUUAAUUAAUAUAAUUUAUUGUAUAUA